UGGAUAUUGUCAUUUUUUAGCCAUGGAUGUAUUCAUGAAAGGAUUUAACAGAGCCAAGGAAGGAGUUGUGGCGGCAGCAGAGAAGACCAAGCAGGGCAUGGCGGAAGCGGCAGAAACGAAAGAAGGAGUUCUCUAUGUAGGUUCGAAGACCAGGGACGGAGUUGUUCAUGGGGUUACAACAGUGGCAGAGAAAACUAAAGAGGGGGUGUCAAACAUGGGAGGAGCUGUAGUGACUGGCGUCACAGCCGUGGCACAUAAGACGGUGGAAGGUGCCGGAAAUAUUGCCGCUGCCACUGGCUUUGUCAAGAAGGACCAGUUGGCCAAACAGAAUGAAGAAGGCCUCCCACAGGAAGGAAUGAUGGAUAACACAGACAUGCCAGCAGAUCCAGAAAACGAGGCCUACGAAAUGCCUCCUGAGGAAGAAUACCAGGAUUAUGAACCUGAGGCUUGAAUUCAACUCUCUUCCUUCUGUUAGCUGCUGGCAAAGACACCCUGUCCUGUACAAGUGCUGAGUUCCAAUGUGCCCAGUCGUGAACUACUUUUUAUAGUUUGUACAGUGUCUUUUGAAGUCUUCCAUCAGCAAUGAUCGGAGCAUCUGUAACUGCGUCCAGUUUUCGUUUCAGCGACCAACCUCCCUCUGAAACGAAGGCCUGGGUCUCAGAGCCAUUGUUGUUGUCUGGAUAUUGUGGCUUCAAGUUCUAAAAAGUCAGAAAGCAGUUUUUUAAAAUGAAAU